CAAUUUAUUUCUUUUUUUGUAAUGAAGGAUAACUCUGAAUUUUCAAUAUUAUUUCAUUUUUCUAUGACUAAUGCCUGCAGAUUGCGCACGGGAAAGGCCUGCGCAAGGCCUGAAGAUGAGGAGACUGAAACCGCCGACAUCCAUCGCAUGGGUUUGCUUGGAGAGAGGCUCAAUCGUGCACUAAUAAGACCACUCUCGUUAGAGCCACCAUCUCGAGAAGCUGAUACUCGAUCUCCACCUGUUAUGGUGCCACCGCCACGACCGAAGCAGAAUGGGGAGGUUCCUCAUGUAUCAAUUCCACCACCACCUGCAAAGCACAUGGAGAGGGAGAGGUUUUUUCAGGAAAACAAGGAUGGUUCUAAUUUGUCCGGUCACAUGAGAGGCCUAUCCUUGCAUAGUCGUAAUGGCAGCAGCUCUCAUAGUGGAAGCUUUGAUUUUAGUGACUGAUCUCUUGACAAACAGAAAGGACCUAUUGUAGCUUUUCUUUUCCAUUUUUGUCUAAAUUUGGAGUUGGUAUUAUUCAAGUUGUGAGGGGGUGGUGAUUUCUCAUUUAGUCUUGGUGAUUAUGGAGAUGGGAGCAAAAAACGGAA